ACGACAUUCAAAUCAAUCACCCCUUCGCAUUGCAUUCUUGUUCAAAAGUUUCCUCCAUGACAGUUGGGUGACCGUUGCCAGCCCAUCGACCAGAUCUAUUUGAUAUUUGAUAUAUGCGCGCGCACUCUCUGGAACUCACCGCGUGCGAAUGUUCCCACUCCCGCCCCACCAGCAGCUCCACCACCGACGCCGCAACGACAGCAUCAUCGCUCAUUCAUAUGGAAGGAAAUGAGUGAUUCCGGCGAAGGCGACACGAACAAUACUUCCGCUCCCGACGACACCCAUCAGCAUCAGCAGCAGCAGCAACAACACCAGCAGACCCCGCCCAGUCAGCGCAUCACCCGCUCGACGGCCGCUCGGCUGAUUGCUGAUCUCGAUCCUUCACCUACAACAAAUUCCGACGUGCGACCUGGAUACAUCACACGCCAGACUCCGGUGCAACCCUCGCCGUCCCCCAGUACAGCCGAAUCUCAGCGGACACGUGACUCUUCAACGAGUCGAAAACGUAAAUCCGCUCUGACUGAAACCUCUCCCACAUCACAGAGAUCUCAGCGACAGAGCAAACGGACUCGAUCCGACGUUGCUCCUGACGCGGCUCCGGCAUCACCAGAAGGAGCGAGGAAAGGAAGAAAAGCAGCUUCGGGUGCCACCAUGUCAUACAGUGCUGGGUCGGGCAAGAAGAGCAUGGGCGAUGAGGUCAAGCGAGGGCUUUCAGAAGCAGAUGGAUCAAGGCCGUCCUCUGGCACGUCUGCCGAAACAUCGCCACAACAGAGUCCACGAGAUCCUCCGCGACGUAGGAGUCGGCACCACAAAUCAAAAGAAGCGGACCUGAACACACCUAGCGCAAGCACUCCGUCUUCAUCGAGAAAGGCUCGCCGAGGCUCUCGCAAAGAUCAAGAUGUGAUCAUGAGAGACGUGGAUGAGAAAGGCACCAGUGCUACUGGCGCCGGUGAUGGUGGUUCUGCUGCUAGUGAUAGUAUGCCUCCUGUACCACCUGCUCAAGAAGAUCAGAACGCACUCAAUCGGCAAGAUGAUCCAUUUGCCGCUGGGGGCUUCCUGGCUCGCUUCGGUGGCCAUGCAGGGUUGUCCAGCAGCUUACGUGCGUUGAGCGGACUGGUCUCGGGCACUCACGCACGAAUGCGCAAUAUCUUGGAACAACUUCGUGACAAGGAGGACUCCUCGAUCCAACACAUUGCACUGCAAGAGCUUUCUGAAUUGCUCCUGGUCUCGAAUGAAGACAAUCUCGCAGGACAUUUCGCACCAGAUCAAUUCGUCAAGGAGCUGGUAGCCUUGAUGCAACCCAACGAACUGACAGGCGAGGAGAAUCCCGAAAUUAUGCUCUUGGCAUGUCGCUGCAUUGCCAAUUUGAUGGAAGCACUGCCAGCCGCCACCUCAAGCGUCGUUUACGGCGGUGCUGUGCCUGUACUAUGCCAGAAGCUCCUCGAAAUUCAUUUCAUCGAUCUCGCCGAGCAAGCCUUGAGCACGCUCGAAAAGAUUUCCGUAGACUUUCCGUCCUCCAUUGUUCGUGAAGGCGGUCUGACCGCGUGUCUGGCUUACCUCGACUUUUUCGCCAUCAGCACACAACGCACAGCGGUGACGACAGCCGCCAAUUGCUGCCGCAACAUUCCAGAGGACUCUUUUCCCACAGUACGCGACGUCAUGCCGAUUCUACUCACGACGCUGUCUAGCAACGAUCAACGAGUAGUUGAACAAGCUUCGCUGUGCGUGUCGCGGAUAGUUGACAGCUUCAAGUAUCGCGAGAACAAGCUCGAAGAACUCGUGAGUCCGGAAUUACUACGUGCAAUUCUACGCCUUUUGCUUCCGGGCACCACAAACAUGAUCGGUCCUGGCAUUCAUACACAGUUUUUACGUGUGCUUUCCAGCACCGCUCGUGCCAGUCCCAAGCUGUCUGUCGAGUUGCUGAACAUGAACGUUGUGGACACCCUGUACCAGAUUUUGACGGGUGUGUCAGCACCUUCCGGCAUACAACAAGUGGCCACCAAGAUCGAUAAGAAUAUCAUCAUGCAAGCGAUCAUCCGCACGCCUCGAGAGCAGAUCUUCGAGACCUUGAACGUCAUCUGCGAGAUGCUGCCGGCCAUUUCUCAAGAUCGGCUCACAUUUCUCGAAGAUCUCCAAGAUGCUGGCUACACAGGACCUGAAGCAAAGUCUCUUUCGGCACGCUCCAAGGAGACGGAAGUUGAUGCGCGUCUAUCACUGCUCAACGAGAAUGCUGAAGGCGUUCGUCGCUUCGCUGUUGUGCUCUUUCCGACCCUGAUGUACGCCUACACGAGCACGGUCAAUCUCAGCGUCCGCCAAAAAGUUCUUACGGCCCAACUCAAAAUGCUCUCAAAUUUCGACACAAAUGUGCUCGAAGAGGCUUUGCGAACUGUCUCUUACGCCUCUCAUCUAGCGUCGAUCCUUUCCCAGCAGGAAAAUCCCAGCCUCGUCACAUUCGGUUUACAGGCAGCGGAAUUGCUGCUAACGAGACUUGAGCGUGUCUAUCAGCCACAAUUUUACCGAGAAGGGGUCAUGGCUGAGAUAGAGCGUCUGUCUGACCGAGCAUUGCAGACAAAGUCAUCCAGUGACGAGGGAGCUGACAAAUCGGAUGUUGUGCCCACCAAAUCUGCGGACAACGAGAAGACCGAUGAGGACAAAGCUCUCCGGCAGGACAGCGAGACGACAUCAGGGGCCACUGAUCAAGAACACCAUGAUGUGGGCGACACCGAUAUCAAUGAAGGACAGACUCACGAUGACGACGAUGACGACGAAGACAAUGUUGAUGUCGAUGAUGAUGAGGGCGAUAAUGAGGACGACGAGGACGAUGGCGAUGGCGAUGACGACCACGAUUACGAUAAUCCCGACAGCAUGGAUCAUCACUCCUCGAAUCUCUCACGUCAUAUCAUGGAUGCUCAGGAUAUCAUUACUCUCCGUGCGCAGCGGUUUGUCCAGAUCCAUGGCGACUCAUCAAAGGAAGACAUGCGAGCGCAAGCUGAAGACGUACUCAAUCAUGUCAAAGCUCUCUCAAACGAUCUUCGUUCUUGCUAUAGCACUUCACCGAACGAUGGCGGGCUCGUUCUCUUUCAGGAACUAGCAAAAUACUUCAAUGAUGACGCACAGCGCAGCAUCACAAGUUAUGAGUUGAAGACCUCUGGUAUCGUGGAAGUUCUGCUAGAUAUCUUCAAUUCUUCGGAAGAAGAGGUCGCAAAAUCCGCUCGUGCAGCGUUUUUGGAAGUGUUCAUGGCUCCACCAGGCGCGUCAUCGACGACUUCUAGUGAUCAGACUUCAGCUACAGCAUUUAGGAUCCUACUACACAAGUUGCAAGAGGUUUUGAGCCGGUCAGAGCACUUCGAGAUCGUCACUGUACAUCAAAACCCAUUCGAGAACUCUCGCGUCAGCGCAGCUUCAAUGUUGGCCAAGCAACUUCGACUCAAGUUGGUUGCUGACGAUGCCUCCGGCAUUCCAAAACAUUAUCGCAAUAUCAUGGUCUCUAUCCACGCUAUUGCAACCUUCAAGGCGCUUGAUGACUAUCUGCGACCGCGCAUCAGCCUGGCUGAGCGACCACAAAGUAGUCGCACUCGCCAAGGACUCACUGAAGCCAUGGCCGCAUACGCCGCUGCCAUGUCAGGUCGUGGAGACUCAGGCGCACCGCUGUUCCCACCUCAACAACCUGCUCUGGGGAGCUCUCUUCCCACGCGAAGCACAACAAACCAGUCAUUGAAGAACAAAUCCAACAAGGCAGAGCAGAAAUCUGCGCAGACGGAGGACGAACAGUCGGAGGAUGGCAAGGUGCAACCUCGCCGCUCAUCGAGACAUCAUGCAGCUUCGGGCACAUCUACAAGUACCGUUCAAGAUGGCGAAUCAUCUCACGCCACUCCAGCCGAGAGCGAAGCGCAACAACCACCUGAUUGUGCAGACGAGACCCAUGUUCCCGACGACGAUGACGAUGACAACAUUGAAGCUGAGCUCGACGCCAUUGCAGAUGAUCUCGAGGACGAUUUGAUGGACACAGAGGCUUCCGAGCCCUCUGCCAUUGAUUUCGAAGUCGCGAAAUCUGGCAAGGUCGUAGCCAAAACAGAAGACGGGGCGCAGGUUGUCACCCCUGCACAGGACGCUCCACCGCCGAUGGCAAGUUGGGCACAAGAGAGACUUGCCGAACUUUCGCGGUAUACUGCAUCGCGCGAGAUGUUGUCUACACCAUCAUCCAGCCGCGCCAUGUCAUACGCAUCGGCCCUACAACAGACACCCACAGAUUGGCACCUCGAAUUCAGCGUCAAUGGCCAACCCAUUACUAGUGAGACCACCAUCUAUCGUGCCUGUCAUUUUAACAACAUGCCAAGUAAUGAUCUGCCGAAUCGAGACCCAUCGGGACGCUCGGUUUGGUCCGCUAUGCACACAAUCAACUUCAAGAAGGUGCCGGGACCGCCUAGUGCGGAAGGAGAGGCAACAACUAUCCCCGGAUCUGCUUCUGUCGUCAGCAGUAACGAUCCACCAGCACUAGAUGCGCACCCUGUCACGUCCGAGAUUCUUAAAUUGAUGAGGAUUCUGCAUGAAUUCAAUUCCAAUUUUGAAGACAUCAUGGCCGAGGCCAAGCACUCUGUUGACCUACACGCCGUCUCAGCCUCGGAAUUUAUCAAUUCAAAGCUGUCCGCUAAGCUCAACCGACAGCUUGAAGAACCACUGAUUGUGGCGAGCCAAUGUCUGCCCCCCUGGAGCGAGGAUCUGGCUCGCCUUUAUCCUUUCUUGUUUCCUUUCGAGACGCGUCAUCUUUUCCUCCAAUGCACGUCCUUUGGGUACUCACGUUUGAUGAGCCGAUGGCAGAGCACGCAGUCGGAAAAUGACAAUCGCCAUAGCCGUCAUCGGGACGAACGUCCGUUCUUAGGGAGAGCACAGAGACAGAAGGUGCGCAUCUCACGAAGCCGUAUCCUAGAGUCUGCGAUCAAGGUCAUGGAGCUAUAUGGGUCUUCUUCAAGCAUCUUGGAAGUGGAAUAUUUCGAGGAAGUCGGCACUGGUCUCGGCCCCACUCUUGAAUUCUACUCCACCGUAUCCAGGGAGUUCUCCAAGAAGAAGACUAAACUGUGGCGCGAGAACGAAUCACAGUCGGCCGGCGAUUAUGCGUUUGGCAGGCGUGGUCUCUUCCCAGCACCAAUGAGCGAAGACAUGGCCAAUAAGGAAAAUGGUCAGCGCGUGCUGCAUCUGUUCCGCAUGUUGGGCAAAUUCAUAGCUCGCUCCAUGCUCGACUCUCGCAUCAUCGAUGUGUCGCUCAACCCCACUUUCUUCCGAAUUGGAGACGGACAAGCUACGGUCAGCCCGUCCUUGGGUGCUGUGGCUGCGGUCGACCAGGAUCUCGCAAAGUCGUUGAAGAUGCUGAGAAAGUACGUCGACGCGAAAGCCCGCAUUGAUAAUGACACUUCUCUUUCCGCCGCGCACAGGACCGCAAAGCUCGAGGAGGUCCGUAUCAAUGACAUGCGAGUUUCCGACCUCGGCCUGGACUUCACCCUACCCGGAUACCCUCAUAUCGAGUUGCAGCCCAAGGGCUCAGAAAUUGACGUGACCCUCGACAACGUGGGUCUGUAUAUUAAAAAGGUCAUCGACUUCACUCUGCACGCAGGUGUACAACGACAGAUUGAUGCUUUCCGGGCCGGUUUUUCGCUCGUCUUCCCCUACACGGCACUCAAGGCUUUCACACCAGACGAACUAGUCAUGUUGUUUGGUCGUGUGAAUGAGGACUGGUCGCUCGAGACUUUGAUGGAUUCGGUCAAGGCCGACCAUGGCUUCAACUUGGACAGCAAGAGCGUACGGAAUCUGCUGCAGUACAUGUCAGAGCUCUCCCCUCAGUCUAGGCGCGACUUCUUGCAGUUCAUCACGGGCAGCCCGAAGCUGCCGAUUGGAGGCUUCAAGUCGCUCACGCCCAUGUUCACUGUGGUAUGCAAGCCGAGCGAACCACCAUUGACAUCCGACGACUACCUGCCCAGUGUCAUGACCUGCGUCAACUAUCUCAAGAUGCCUGAUUACAGCUCAUAUGAUGUGCUGAAGGCCAAACUUAACGUCGCCAUUGUCGAAGGCCAAGGCGCGUUCCAUCUCUCAUGAGAUGUUCUGGUACAAUGCUUUCGACUAAUUUCAACGGCGAUCCGCUGCACGUCACGCCAUUGCGCGAGCGUCAAGGAGCAUCAUUUAUUUGUCCGACUAGCUCAAUUCACGUCACUCGUGGCUGAUAUCAAAUUUACGGGGGCUGAAAUUGAGAAACAAUCGGAUUUAGAUUUAAUUUCAACAUUCGUUAGCGAUGGAUUCGUUCACAGUCACCGCCUUUAUGAGGAUUACGAGCGGCUGGCUGCGAAGUUCUGGUCGUCGAGUGGCGUUUCGGCGUUGUACAGGCGGUUGUCCCACUCAGUGAAGCUUUUCUAAUGAUCGAUACGAGAAACGAUCAAUCGCAUUCUGGCGAAGUCGUUCAUUUUAAUGAGAACUAAACAGUGCACAUCUAUGCCAUGUAGUGAUGGAGCGUCAUCCCAAUAUGCGUGAGUUCUCGUAGUGUCAGCUUGCAGUUUAGCCACGGAUUUC